AUGCCGUUGGAUAGAUAUAAUCGACGCUUUGCUCGUUCUGUUUCACCUCUAACUACUGCCGUUUCGCCUUAUUACCGUCGCCGCUCUUCUUCUGUUCCUUCUGGUGCUACUUCUCCCGCUUCUUCUACUGCUGCUUCUUUCACUUCUAACACUGCUUCUUUUGUUCCUUCUGUUACUACUACUUAUUAUUGUUCUUAUUAUUAUGACCCUUCUCGUUCUUAUGCUAUUCCUGAUUUUGCUAACUCUCUUUAUUUUACUCCUUCUACUUAUGUUUCUCCUGCUUCUUCUGUUACUUUGCCUAGUUCUUCUUCUGUUACUUUGUCUAGUUCUUCUUCUACUACUUUACCUAUUUCUUCUAUUACUAAUAUUUUGCCCACUUAUGUUUCUCCUGCUUCGUCUACUGCUGCUUCUUCCACUUCUUCUACUGCUACUUCUUCCGCUUCUUCUAUUACUACUAUUUCGCCUACUUAUGUUUCUUCAACUUCUUCUACUGCUGCUUCUUCCGCUUCUUCUGAUACUACUACUUCUUUUUCUUCUUCUUUAACUCCUUCUUAUGCUUCUGUUUCUAUUAAUACUUCUUCUGCUCCUACGUUUUUUGCCACUAACUAUUCUAAUUCUGUUAAUUCUUUUACUACUACUACUGUUUUGCCUACUUAUGCUUCUACUACUGCUUUAUUGACUGCUGCUUCUUCUAAUACUACUACCUCUUCUCCUUCUUCUUUAACUCCUUCUUAUGCUUCCGUUUCUGCUAAUUCUUCUUCUGCUCCUACGUUUUUUGCUAUUAACUUUUCUAAUUCUGCUAAUUCUUCUAUUACUACUACUAACUUUACUUUUCCUUCUACAUCUUUUGCUACUAAUCAUUUAAAUACUUCUUUGUUUGCACAAGCUAGUCCCACGAGUUCCAGAGAAAAUAGUGUGACUCCUGGUAACAGGGCAUCACGCUAUGACUCCACCUCUGCCAUACGAAGACAUGAUGCAGUGAAAUCUACCUUAACUUCUACUGAUAUUGAGCUCUCUCCUCCCGUGGUUGUUAAUAGAGCACAAUUAUCUGUAAUUAGAAAUCAAAGAAGAAUAAAUAAUCGAUAUACCCCUUACAUUGGUUCAAGCUUGAAUGAUAGGGGUGUACAAAAUCAUUUGGAAAUGGCAGAGGAUGUAUGCAAGCAUUAUAUUCCGAAACCUGCAACAAGUCUUCAUCUCUGGAACCGACCUUCAAGGGCAGACCGGGUUGCCCUUCGAAAGAACAACACUGGAAUCAAAUUUAGGGAUGGGUUUAUCAAGCAUGCACGAUCUCCUGCAUCUCGUAAACCCUGUUAUAACAACCCAUUCGAACAAUAUCAAAUUGAACGAUCAGAAAGAGAUGAUCAAAUUUAUGAAGAAGCUGAAUGGGAGACCAUUGGAGAAGAACGAUCUGUUUUCUCCAACCCUAAUUUGACUUCCAGUCAAUUUUUGGAAAACUGUCGAAGUCGCUUAAAUUUUGGAGGCUCAAGAAAUGUUACCACUCCGAACUGA